GUCAGUCAGCAGUUCAAUUAUUCUUCACUUGUCCGAGUUUCUGAGUUCUGACCACUCCACACUGAGAAAACGAAACAAAAAACAGAACCAUUACCUGGAUAUCCAUUACCUCAAUUAUUAUUUCCCUUGUUAUUUGCAAAUUAGCAAUGGAAGAAAGGCCAGAGACUGAACUAAUAUCAAUACCUGCCACCCCACGUGCGUCGACGCCGGAGAUACUGACGCCGUCCUGUCAAAGGUCGCCGAGGAAGGAAUCCAGCACGGCCAAGUCAUGGACUCCGACUUCGUUCAUUUCGCCGAGGUUUUUGAGCCCCAUUGGGACACCCAUGAAGAGGGUUUUGACUAAUAUGAAGGGGUAUUUGGAGGAAGUGGGGCAUUUGACGAAGCUGAAUCCUCAAGAUGCUUGGCUUCCGAUUACAGAAUCACGAAAUGGGAAUGCACAUUAUGCAGCUUUUCAUAAUCUGAAUGCUGGUGUUGGAUUCCAGGCCUUGGUCUUGCCUGUUGCUUUCUCUUUUCUUGGAUGGAGUUGGGGAAUAAUUUCUUUAAUUAUAGCCUACGUCUGGCAACUAUACACUUUAUGGCUUUUAGUUCAGCUACAUGAAGCAGUUCCUGGGAAGAGAUACAAUAGAUACGUGGAACUAGCCGAAGCAGCCUUUGGGGAGCGAUUGGGUGUCUGGCUUGCUCUUUUCCCCACUGUUUACCUAUCAGCAGGGACUGCAACAGCUUUGAUUCUCGUGGGAGGAGAGACCAUGAAACUAUUCUUUCAGAUAGUUUGCGGUCCACACUGCUCGUCUAAUCCUCUGACAACUGUUGAGUGGUAUUUGGUAUUUACUUCCUUGUGCAUCGUGUUAUCCCAGCUUCCAAACCUCAAUUCAAUUGCCGGACUUUCGCUGGUAGGGGCAGUGACUGCCAUCACAUACUCGACCAUGGUGUGGUUGCUCUCUGUAAGCCAACCUAGACCACCCACAAUUUCGUACAAACCACUUUCACUGCCUUCGGCAUCAGCUUCUGUGUUUUCCAUCUUAAAUGCGCUUGGUAUCAUAGCAUUUGCUUUUAGAGGCCACAAUUUAGUCCUCGAAAUUCAGGCAACAAUGCCAUCGACAUUCAAGAAUCCAGCUCAUGUGCCAAUGUGGAGGGGUGCAAAAGCUGCCUAUUUCUUCAUUGCUAUGUGCUUAUUCCCUGUUGCUAUUGGAGGGUUUUGGGCUUAUGGAAACCUUAUGCCUUCGGGAGGAAUUCUUAACGCGUUAUUUGGAUUUCAUAGUCAUGAUAUCUCGAGGGGCCUUCUUGCAAUGACAUUUCUUCUUGUAGUGUGUAACUGCUUGAGCAGUUUCCAGAUAUACUCGAUGCCAGUUUUCGACAGUUUUGAAGCCAGCUAUACAAGCCGUACCAAUCGUCCUUGCUCAAUUUGGGUGCGCUCUGGUUUCAGAGUGUUCUACGGAUUUGUCAAUUUAUUUAUAGGGGUUGCACUCCCGUUCCUAUCAAGCCUUGCUGGUUUAUUAGGAGGUCUCACUCUUCCAGUCACCUUCGCAUACCCGUGUUUCAUGUGGGUUCUUAUUAAAAAGCCAACAAAGUACAGCUUCAAUUGGUACUUGAACUGGAUUCUUGGUUGGUUGGGGAUUGCAUUUAGCUUGUCCUUCUCUAUGGGGGGAAUUUGGAGUAUUGUUAACAGUGGACUCAAGCUUAAAUUUUUCAAGCCAAACUGAGGAGUGAAGUGAUAAAUUUAUUCGAAGGGUGUGAUGUUUGGCUAGUGGGAUUGAACAGUUGUGACAAUAUUAAAGAAGAAAGCGAAGUUAAUAUCUUGUCUAUUCUAAUGUGUAUAUGGAACGCACAGAAAGGGUUUCGAAGUUAAUAUCUUGUCUAUUCUAAUGUGUAUAUGGAACGCGCAGAAAGGGUUUUCUUUAGUGUGUUUAAGCAGUCAUGGUUUAAGCUGAUUAAGGCUUCCAGAUUUGUUUGAAGGAAUUGCAUAGAGUGUUUUAUUCUAUCAAUUUAUAAUGCUUAG